AUGGCCAAAAUACGUCGUCAGUUGACCAGAGCCGAAUGGAACUAUUUUACGCAGGACAGAUCUAAUGAAGAUUUAACAAACAAUGAGACUGAAUUUCUAUCAGCUGUUGAACGCGGGGAUACAGAUGCAGUUGCAUUACUUCUGGAGAAUGACGAGCUCAACAUCAACUGCGCAGGUCUAAGAAAAAAACAACCAAUAACGGCAUUGCAAAUAGCGGCAAAAAAUGACGAUUAUCACAUGAUCAAUCUGCUACUAAACAAAGGAGCCACGCCAAUCACAAGGCCACCAAAAUUCCAGAAGCAAAGAAGUAUAUUGGGACAUGAUAACAUGCUCGAAACAUAUAAAGCUUUAACAUCACCUGCCUACCUGAGCGCAGCUAACAGUGACCCACUUAUGACUUCUAUGGAUCUUGCAAAUGACAUUCAAGGCGUGACAGACGAACACUAUGAGGAGAUGAGGGAAAAGGUUUUCCAGUAUUCUUUGGAAUGGCUGGAGUGCUGCGAAGACAUGAAAGAAGUCUGCAUGCUUUUGACUGGAAAUGAUAUUGAUGCCAUGGAAACUACACUUCCAGACACAGGGAGCAUUAUCAAUAGAGCAAUAGAGUGCUACAAUAAAGAGUUCGUUGCGCAUUACAAAACCCAGAAGAUUAUGAAGAAAAUAUGGAAUUACGGUCAACCAUCUUGGAGAGAAAAACAAGCAGACAGCUUUUCGUGGUCGCUACUCUACGCUGCUUAUUGUCUUUUAAUGUAUGUGGUGCUGCUGCCCGUGUUAUCGUUAGCGUACAUCAUAGCACCAGACUGCACAUUGGCGAAAAUUAUUGAUAAUCCCAAAGCUAAAUAUUUCACCAAAAUGACGUCAUACUUACUAUUUCUUUGUCUUGUUAUUACGUUGAACGUGCACUUAGCCCCAAACCCAAAUUAUCCAUUAACUGGCGUGCUAAUGUUUCUACUCAUGUUUCUUUUAAUAUACGACAUGGCAUUUAUUUGGGCAGAGGUAGUGGAAAUGAAAAGCAAUGGUUUUAAAAUGUAUGUUACAAACUUUUGGAAUUAUAUAGAUCUGAUGAUAUUUUUAUCGUUUGGUUGGGACAUUACACUGAGGCUACUAAACAGUUUGGAAGAAAUUGAAAUUGAUGAUGCACUACAAGUCUUUUGGAUCACUUGGACAGCUCUCACUCUGACACUAGCUUGUCUGCGAUUCUUGGAACAUGUCUACCUUACCAAUUACCUCGGUUCCAUGUUACUGUUGUUUACUGCAAUGAAAGGGGACGUAAUAAAAUUUCUCGUGAUCUUCGUAUACGUUGUUUUAUCGUUCGCAUUUGGGUUCUACUACCUGUAUGAAGGUGUUGAAGGAAAUGUGUUUAACGAAUUGGAAUCAUCUAUAGCUUCCUUGGUCAUUACAAUUUUUGGCGGUGAUCCAACUGAAGAACUUAAAGGAAAUGAGUUAUACUUUGGUGCAAUGCCGAGUUACAACAUCACUGGUUUUUAUGCUUCUCCUAUGUACAAAGGAAUGGGUUUCGUACUUUUUACAAUGUUUGGUACUCUAUGUAUGUUGGUUCUAGUUAAUAUAUGUAUUGCCAUGAUGUCUGACACGUACUCACAGCUGAGAGAAAAUAUCGACACUGAGUGGAAGUUCCUUCGCACGAAAAUUUGGAUGAAUUACAGCCGUGCCUCCGUACUUCCAGCGCCAUACAAUAUUUUACCGUCCGUUUCGUCUUGCAAGCGAUACUGUAAGUGUAGUAAGAAAGAAACGACUUCAACAGAAGUGGUGACAAAUGACGAAAUCGAGCUCGUUAAUGUUCUUCUAGUUCGUUAUUUACUGAUGAAAAUGUUUAUAAAGGAGGAAGACAUAGAGUGCAGUGAAUCCACUGAUGAUGCUCAUAUAGACGUAAAAACAGAUGAUACAACAGCAAAUGCAUAA